AUGCCACAUUUCCCCAAGAGCACAGGCUUUCAAUCUCGCCGAGAUUCGUCCGGCGAGGCCAAAGAUGCUUCAGUGCAGGUCAAGAAUCGUCGAAAGCGGUACUUGGAUAUGCAUCCUGAGUACUUCUCGGCGGACCUCGAGCUAGCCGACCCUUUGUUGUACGAUCGCCUCAUCCGUCGAUUUCAGACCCCGCAGGAAAGAGAAGCGCAGGGUCGGGCCAAGGGAUUUUCAGGAGUCCUGGAAGCCGAUCUGAUGCGAUCCGAGGCAAAGAUGGAUGCUUUGGCUCACCCAGAUCCCAACGCAAUGUUGAGCUAUGCCCGCGGGCCUGACGGAGAGAUUUUGGCCGAGGAUAGAGAUGAUAUCCCAGCAAGCAAAGAAGAGGGUGAAAAGGCCUGGCGGUGGGAGAUGGGUCUACGUUUUAUGCGAGGAGACGAUCCGGAUUUUGACUACAAAAGUGUCGACGAAAACGACGAAUACGAUGACUGGACAGAGCAGCAAGAAAAGUACUUCGAGGACGAAGAUCCAGAAUGGGUGGUCGGAGAAGCUCGGGGUGACGAAGCCAAAGCUCAACUGCAGGGAGAGACUGGUAUUCAGGAUUUUUGA